AACGCAGAUUCCCGCGCUGCGUCGCGGUCGGGAAAUUCCAUUUGGUGCCCGCGAAACCAGCACGAAGAUGGGCCGCAUCCUUCGCCUCGACGUGAGCAACUUCAAGUCGUAUGGAGGGAAGCAAGAGAUCGGUCCCUUCUACCGCUUCACGGCCGUGAUCGGGCCCAACGGCGCCGGCAAGUCCAACCUCAUGGACGCCAUCAGCUUCGUCCUCGGCGUCCACAGCCGGCAGCUGCGCUCGAACCAGCUCAAGGACCUCCUCCAUAAGGACGGGACGAACGACGUGAGCCCCGAUGGCGCGUACGUCUCGCUCAUCUAUGGACUCGAUGACGCUGAGAAGGAGAAGAUGACGGCGCGCCUCGGCGAGCUCCCGUCCGACGAGUUGAACUUUACGCGGCGCAUCUCGGACAAGGGCGUUGGGUCCUACAGCAUCAACGGCAACGACGUGGCCCACGACGAGUACGAAAAUACGCUCAAGGACCUUGGCAUUCUCGUCAAGGCCCGCAACUUUCUCGUCUUCCAAGGCGACGUCGAGUCGAUCGCGUCCAAGAGCCCCGAGCAGCUUACCCGUCUCUUUGAGAUGAUUUCGUCGUCGGACGAGCUCAAGGACGAGUACGAAAAGUGCAUGGAAGCCAAGAACGCUGCCGAGGAAAACACGAUCUUUGCGUACCAGAAGAAGAAGGGUCUCGCGGCCGAGCGCAAGAUCGUGCGCGAACAGAAGGAAGAGGCCGAGCGCUUCAAGCAGAAGCGCAAGGAGCUCACGCGCGUGAAGCAGCACAACUAUUUAUGGCAACUCUUCCACGUCGAGGAAGAGGCGACGGGUCGCAAGCGCGUGAUGGACGACGCCCAAGCGCAGCUCGACGAAAUUCUCGGUGACAACAAGACGAUUUUAGAUGCGUUCAAGGACAAGAAGAAGCAGCAUGCGUUGCAGCUCAAGGAGUGCCGGCAGCGCGACAUGAACGCCGUGAAUGUGCAGCAGCAGGUCGACAACGUCGCGCCGCGGAUCAUCCAGCUGAACGAGCACAUCAAGCACUCAAAGAAGAAGCUCGACGCCGCGAUUGCGCAAGAAAAGGUCAUGGCCAAGAAGGUCGAAGAGCAAAACGACGAAAUGGACGGAUUGCACGCCGACCUUGCGGAGCUCAAGCAGGCCGAGGCUGUGCUCGCAGAGACCAAAGACGACGAAGAACUUGUGCUCGAGGGCAACCAGCUCGAAGAGUACCAUCGCAUCAAAGAGACGGCCUUGAUCGAAACCACAAAGCUGCGCAACGAUUUGGCGUCGCUGGCGCGGCAAGAGACGGCCGACGAAAGCCGUCUCGCAACCUUGUCCCAAGAAGAAAAGGAGCACACUGAGGAGAUGAACCGGCUCAAGGAAGACCGCAAAUCAGCUGAGGACCGACUUGUCGACAUCAAACGCGUGAUCACGAAAAGCAAGGAAGAGAUUGCGCAAGCCGAAAGCGACCUCCAGAACACAGAGCAACAUGAAAUCGACAUUUCAAACAAGAAACAAUCGCUCAAGACCGAGUUGGACAAGCUUCAGCUUCAACUGCGCAAUGUUAAGGACGAUUGGCGUCAGAGCCAGGCCGAACUGAAGAAGUCGCAAACAUUUGACGCACUCCAGCGCCUCUUUCCCGGCGUGCGCGGUCGUCUCGUGGACUUGUGCAAGCCGAUCCAACGCAAGUACAACAUGGCCGUGACGGUUGCGACCGGCAAGCACAUGGACUCGCUCGUUGUGAACGACUACAAGACGGGCCAAGAAUGCAUUCAGUACCUCCGUGACAACCGACUUGACAGCAUCUCGUUUAUUCCGCUUGACAAGAUCCGCGUCAAGCCCAUCAACGAGCGCCUUCGCGACCUCGGCGUCAAACUUGUCGUGGACGUCAUUGACUGCGACCACGAUAUCCAACCCGCCGUGCUCUACGCUGUCUCGGACACGAUUGUGUGCGACAACAUUGACGAAGCACGAGAGAUUUGCUUUCAGCGCAAUGAAAAGGUCAAGGCUGUGACGCUCAACGGCAUGGUCGUGAGCAAGAACGGCAGCAUGACGGGUGGUCGCACCCAAAAGGACGCCGCGCGCGCUGGCCGCUGGGACGAAAAGGAAACACAGCUCCUCAAAGACAAGCGGGAUGCACUGCAGUCGGAGCUCAUGGCACUUGAGAAAGAGAGCACCGGCGCCGUGCGCCGUCAAACUCUCGAAACAAAGCUCGGGUCGCUUCGCAACCGUCUGCGCUACGCGACGGCCGACAUUGCGACGACGGAGGCCAAAAUCCCCAAGAUCAAGGCCCGUAUGCAAGACUGCAAGAAGCGUCUCGCUGCGCUACUUCCUGAGAUCAAAAAGGUCAAAAAGUCGAUUGCAGCGCGCGCGACCGACAUGCGUGCGCUUGAGCGUGACAUCCAUUCGGUCGAAGACGACAUGUUCAAGGACUUUAGCGAGUCGUUUGGCGUUGAAAACAUCCGAGAAUACGAAGAGAAGGUCGUCAAACAGCAGCAGGAGCGUAUCGACCGCCGUCGCAAGCUUCACAGUCACAUGGCCAAAAUCCAGGCCCAGCUGCAAUACCUAGAAGGGCAUGACAACCGACGCCGCUGGGACUACUGCAAGGCGUCGAUUGCAAAAGAGACCAAGACGCUGGAAGACAUUCAACACGAGAAGAAGACGCUCGUCGCGCAGACGUCAAAGCUCGAAGCCGACAACAAAGCCAAGACGGACGCGGCGGCGGCAGCCCACGCCGCCCUCAAGGCGAUCGAAACCGAGCUGAAGGCAAUGGCCAAGCAACGUGAGUCGCUCGACACGGACGUUGCGGACAUCCACAAGAAGAUCUCGGUGCAAGAGGCGGCGCUGGAUCGCUUGAAGGACAAGAAGCACGAGAUUCUCAAGCGUGCGACCAUGGACCAAGUGAAGCUGCCACUUGUGGGCCAUACCUCCGACGACGACAGCGAUGGCGACGUCGACAUGGUCGAAAGUCAGCAAUCCUCGAUGGGCGACAGCAGCGUGACGCUGACGGCGCAGGCUGACAAGCGCUAUGUGGACGAAGUGAUUGACUUUUCCGGCUUGGACCGCAUCUCGUUUGCGAACAACAAGGAACGAGAGGACCUCGCGACAAAGUACGAGCAGCAAAUUGCGACGCUCGCGGCCGAGCUGGAGCGCAUGCAGCCCAAUAUGAAGGCGCUCGAAAAGUAUGACGAGAUCCAAUCGCGCAUCAGCCACGAAGAAGCCGAGCUCGAGCGCAUCAAGGCUGGCGCAGCCGAGGCCGCGACGCGCUUUGACGAGGUACGCGAAGCGCGCUACGAGCGGUUUAUGGAGGCGUACAACCACGUCUCGGGGUGCAUCGACAGCGUGUACAAGAACCUGACCAAGAGCUCUAAGCACCCACUGGGCGGUACGGCGUACCUCAACAUUGACAACCCCGAGGAGCCGUACUUGCACGGCAUGAAGUACAACGCGAUGCCGCCCAUGAAGCGGUUCCGCGAGAUGGAGCAGCUCAGCGGCGGCGAGAAGACGGUGGCGGCGCUCGCACUCCUCUUUGCGAUCCACAGCUACCGGCCGUCGCCCUUCUUUGUGCUCGACGAGGUGGACGCGGCGCUGGACAACAUCAACGUCAACAAGGUCUCGACGUACAUCCAAAAGUGCGACUUCCAGUGCAUCGUCAUCUCGCUCAAGGACUCUUUCUACGAAAAGGCGGACGCGCUCAUUGGCGUCUGCAAGGACAUUGGCUCCCAGCGCUCCAAGUGCCUCACGCUUGACCUCACGGCCUACGAAGCCUAGCGUUAUCUAUUCCUUGCUUCUUGCAUAAUCCAACUUGAUAAAAUGCAACCGCCUCCUAUCCGGAUA